AUGAAGUUAGUCAUUCCUAAUAUAAUUUGGCAUGGAGAUAAAGAACGAAUAAUGGCAAUUGCAAUUCAUCCAACAUAGAAUUUAUUAUUGACAGGAGGUUCAGAUUCUAAAAUAGCUGAAAAAGAUAACCUAAUUGAAGAUGUUGGAGUGAUUAAAAUGUGGACAAUAUUAGAAAAUUCAACUAAAAUGGUUGAAUUUGCUGGAGCAAUUAAUGCUGGUCAUGAAUAAACUGUUAAUUGUUUAAAAUUCUCACCAAAUGGUAAAAAUUUUGCAUCUGGUUCUGAUGAUUAUAAAAUAAUUAUUUGGAACUAAUAAGUUAGAUAAACAUUUGGUUAAUCUGAACCUAGAUUAUAAUGGUGGCCAUUUUCAAUAUUAACUGGACAUUGCAAAGAAAUCUAUGAUCUAUAAUGGUCAAAAAAUGGUGAAAUUUUAGUAUCAGGUGGACUAGAUAAAUAUGUAAUUGUUUGGAAUGUUAAGAAAUAAAAAUAAUUAUAAACAUUAGAUGGACAUACAGCAUAUGUUUAAGGAAUUACAAUUGAUCCAAGACUUAAAUCUAUAGUAUCAUUAAGUCAGGAUAGAACAGCAAGAGUAUGGAAAGUAUUAAAAGCAUAAAAAAAAAAUAUAAAUAGUUUACAAUUUUAUCCAUAACAUGUUGUCAGAAAAUUAGAAAAUGCCUAAAAAACAGAUAUAUAAUAAUAAACAUCAUAAGAAUAAUAAUAAUAAUAAAAUGAAGAGAAAAAAUAAAAUGGAAUAUUUUUAGGUGAAACUAGUUUAUUCACUUUUGUAAGAAGACCAGAUUGGAGUCCUGAUGGUUCAUUUUAUAUUUUGCCUGCUGCUGAAUUCUGGGUUGAUAAUAAACCUAUUAUGGGUGCUUAUGGAUUUUUAAGAUAAUCUCCUUAAGUUCCAUGUUUCUUUUUACCAACCAAAACUCCUGCCUUAGUUAUAAGAUUUUGCUCUAAAUACUUUAAUAGAAAUUAAGAUAUUUAAUAACCAUUGAUAGAUUUACCAUAUAAAAUGAUUUUUGCAAUAGGAACAAUUGAUUCCUUAUUACUUUAUUCAACAGAUAGUCCAACUCCUUUAGCUAUUUUUGGAAAUCUUCAUUAUGCCUCAAUAACUGAUAUUUGUUUUAAAGGUAUCAUAAAUAUUUAUUAUUAAAGGGUCUAGCUUGAUUGCUGUAAGUUCAUGUGAUGGCUUUUGUUCUUUUGUAUAAAUUGAGGAGGGAUACUUUGGUUAAGAAGUUCCAAUUGAAUGUAAAAUCUUAUAUUAAAAUUAGAAUUACCUGAGUAUAUUAGAGUGUUAUAUAAUAAUGAUAAAAUAGAGGAAGAGGAAGUUCCAAAGAAAAAUGAAGAAUCUAAAACAUAAGAUAUAGUAACUGAAUAAAGAGUUGAAUAUAAAGAGACUUAAGAUGGAAAAAAGAAAAAAGUUAUUAUACCUAAAACGUUGUAGAUAAAUUAAUAGAAUUAGAUAUGA